GUUUAUUUCCUUGCUUUGCGAGAUUAUGCCAACACUCGGGAUGACCUCUACAUUUCUACUCUUAUUGCUCCUGGCAACACUCUUCCAUCUCUCACAUGGCGAUGUUGGCACCUGUGCCCACUACAGACCCCCAUAUUUACCCACCGCCUGUUAUGGGAACUCACCAUCACAUUUCCCAUCAAGCAACAUGUUUGCCGCGGCCGGCGAGCGAAUAUGGGACAACGGUGCAGCAUGUGGGAGGCAGUACCUCGUGAGAUGCAUCAGUGCAGCUGUCCCGGGAACUUGCCUUCCAGACCAAAUCAUUCAGGUUAGGAUUGUUGAUCGAGCACAAACAUCAAGGUCAAGGCCUUCAUCGAAUGGGGCUACCAUAGUCCUCUCUUCUACCGCAUUUGAAACCAUAGCAGAUCCUUCGGCAACAUCGGUUAACGUAGAAUUCCUACAGGUUUUGUGAAGAAGAAGAACAGUCAAUGUGAUGAGUUACGUGGGUUAGCGAGCUAGCUUUUCGUAUUAAUUGUGUAUUUGUGUUUUUCAAUUACUUGUGAAUUGAAUUGAAUUGAAUAAUUAAGCAUAUUAUUAAUAAAUUACAUUUCUUGAUUUUUUCUUGA